CUGUCUGUCAUAUUUACGGAUUUCAAAAUGAGUGGACAGGGUAGGUGAUAUUUUAUAUAAAUGUACUGACAUGUUAUAAACUGUUUUAGCAUCUUCCCAUUUGACUUUUAUUAAAUACUGUAUUUAAGAUAUGUUUAGACUAUUACAUUUACAAAAUUCCAGUUAUUUUGUCAAUUAAAUGCCAUCAUGAAAAAAAGUGUUUAUUUGUGUUUUCUUACUGUUUUCUGCAGAAAAGCAAAAGGUGAGAGAUGACUUUAUUUUCUCUCUCAAAUAGCAAAAUAUUUUUGUGCAUAUUAAUUCUAUGCAUUCAUUAAUUCAUAUUCGGGAAUGAACUGAAAUAAGGGCUGAUUUUAAAGAAUGAUUCACUGAUUGUAUUGUAUGUGAACAGGUCUGCGUAAAGAAGGUUUCAGACUCAGAGAGCUCUGGAGAUGAAGGAGGAAAGGGAAAGGGAAAAGUCAAGUGUCCUGGAAAGGGAAAAGGACAGCAUGAACAACAUGACAAACAUGAUAAACAUGGACAACAUGGACAACAUGGACAACAAGGCCAACAAUGUCAACAAGGUCAACAAGGUCAACAAGGCCAACAAGGUCAACAAGGUCAACAAGGCCAACAAGGUCAACAAGGCCAACAAGGUCAACAAGGCCAACAAGGUCAACAAGGCCAACAAGGCCAACAAGGUCAACAAGGUCACGGCCACAGUCACGGAGGUGGACAGCAAAAAUGUAAAAAAUGAGUCUGAGGGCCUGGUGAUGGUCAGCGCCCAGUGCUGUACUGGGUCUCAGCUGCAUGUUGAAUCUAUUCAGUUGAAUUAAAACACCCUUAAACAAA